GCGAAGCUUCACAGCCCGACAAAGGGAGUCUGAGCCGCACAAAGAGAGUCUGAGCCGCUGCAGGAGGGAUCGUUCCACUUGGGAGGCGAUUUGCAGGGGGAGCCGCUGGUCACCAGGAGAACUUCGUGGAACAGUUUGACUCGGAUUUUGCGUUGAGUUGGCGCAGAAGCCUCUCAUUGCCCCUAGAACUCAGCAUGUGGACUGGGGUCGGGCUGUUGCUUAGUACUUAGCCCUUCUGACUUACACCCCGACCCCCCCCCCAAGCCUCAGGAUGAAGGUCCCAUUGGUGAGGUUGCUGCUGCUUUGUGCGGCUGCCUGUGCCUCUAACAAAUUCAUUGUCCCAUUAAACGUCUCCCCUGCGGAAAUCAAGGGAACCCUGCCUGUGGCACCGGCGACCCCUAAGGACAAGCCUGGUCUUCUCUUGGCGUCAGACCCCGGGGGCACAAUCAACUUCUUCUCUAUGGUGGACAACCUGGCAGGCGACUCUGGUAGGGGCUACUAUCUGGAGUUACUGAUUGGCUCCCCUCCUCAGAAGGUGAACAUCUUGGUGGACACGGGAAGCAGUAACUUUGCUGUCGCUGGAUCCCCAAAUCCGGAUGUUAAUACUUUCUUCGACUCAAAGUUAUCGACAUCCUAUCAGCCUCUUAAUACAGAAGUGACCGUUCGGUACACACAAGGCAGCUGGACUGGACUGCUGGGGAAGGAUGUUGUCUCUAUCCCUAAAGGGGUCAAUGGCACAUUCUUGAUUAACAUCGCUUCGAUCUUUCAGUCUGAGAGUUUCUUUCUGCCCAACAUCAACUGGCAAGGGAUCCUAGGCCUGGCAUACAGCACUUUGGCAAAGCCCUCGAGCUCCGUGGAACCAUUCUUUGAUUCCCUUGUUCAACAAGAGAACAUUCCAGAUGUCUUCUCCAUGCAGAUGUGUGGGGCGGGCCAGUCUUCUCCUGGUAAUGGCAUCAAUGCUGGAAGCCUUGUUCUGGGCGGCGUUGAGCCAAGCUUGUACAAAGGGAACAUCUGGUACACCCCCAUUACAGAGGAGUGGUACUAUCAAGUUGAGGUGCUGAAGUUUGAAGUUGGAGGUCAGAGGCUGAACCUGGACUGCACUGUGUACAACUCUGAUAAAGCCAUUGUGGACAGCGGCACGACUCUGCUGAGACUUCCCGACAAGGUCUUCAAUGCAAUGGUGGAUGCCAUCGUACAGACUUCUCUGAUCCAGAACUUCAAUGCUGAGUUUUGGGCUGGCCUGCAACUUGCCUGUUGGGACAAGACUCAACAACCCUGGAACUACUUCCCCGAUAUCUCAAUCUAUCUAAGAGACACCAACACCAGCCGAUCUUUCCGGCUGACGCUCAAACCCCAGCUCUAUAUCCAGUCCGUGCUGACGUUCCAGGAGAGUCUAAACUGCUUUCGCUUUGGCAUCUCCCAGUCGGCCAGCACUUUGGUGAUUGGGGCCACGGUGAUGGAAGGCUUUUAUGUCAUCUUUGACAGAGCCGAGAAAAGAGUCGGUUUCGCCGUCAGUAGCUGCGCAGAGGUGUCCGGCAUCACCGUGUCCGAAAUUGCGGGUCCGUUCGGCACUUCGGAUGUAUCGAGCAACUGCAUAGCCAGGAAUCCACUCAGGGAGCCGAUCAUGUGGAUCAUCUCCUACUCCCUCAUGAGCCUGUGCGGGAUGAUCCUGCUGGUCCUCGUCAUUCUUCUCCUGCUUUCCAACCGGCAACGGCAUGACGACAUGGAAACCAUCAACGACGAGUCUUCGUUGGUCCAACACCGCUGGAAAUAAUCCGCUGAAGUCGCACUCGGCAGAUAAAGAUUUAAGACUUUUCUUUUCUCCUUUGCUGCUCGAGACUCUUGUUUACAGCACGAAAGCAGCCCAUUGGUCAGAAUCCGUCAGAAUCCAUUCCCAUAUCUUGUAAAACUUGAAAUUUGUGACUCCGCAGAGGAAACGAGUGUACAAAGUUGCUUGUUCUCCGGCCAGAUGCAAUGUAUUCCACAUGCCUUUGGGUUCGGCACAUGGAACCAUGAAAACCCAGAACCUUCCCAGUUAUCACCUUUAUUAAUUGUCGCAUGCACUUACUGUAUGUUACGUGUCUCAGGCUCUGCUGUUUUUCUCACCAUGAAAUGCAGAGGUACCUCCUAAUAUCCCCCAUGUUAAAUAUGGGGGCAGUAUUAGGUCUUAAAAUAUGCAAGGGUCGAUGACUUAUGUCCCGGUGACAUCACAAAGCACUGAUAAUAACUAGUCAUGGGCGAAUUUGUCCCGUUUUACUUCACCAAAAAAAUUGCGACUUUCCAGCGAAACGCAAUUUUUGCCACCGGCAUUAAUUUUCAGGCAUCAAAAUUGACGCCGGGAACAAUUUGACGCAUAUUACAGUCAAUGGGCGUUUGUUUAAAUGCUGCGGCAAAUUAGAAAAUUAAUUUGCCGCCGGCGAAACGCGGAAAUUUGCCGCAAAUUCACACCUGCCAAAUAAAUUCGCCCAUCACUUAUAAUAACAUGACACCAUAAUGCACCAGUUUAUAAGAGUAUAUAUUCUAUUCUGUAUAAUAAAAAUAAUGUAUAUCCCU